AUGCAAUCGCAAUGCUUAACCUCGUUUUUCUCCAACCUUCUGAAUAAGAGUCCAAGAAGUCUGUGGAAGAUCAAGCGGUGUCAAUUUCACGCGACUAGUGUGGCGUGUCGGAAGAAGAAAAAGGGUGAACAGAAAGGCUUGAAAAUAAUAAAGCCUGGCAACGGCGCUAAUUUACCUCAACCUAUUCUCGAGCCUUCCUGUAAAAAUGCUAUAGUGAUUGGUGGAUCUGAGGGUUUCGGUUUCGCAGCUGCUGAUCAUCUUUUAUGCAAAGGAGCACGUGCUGUCGCGAUAGCCGACGAUGAUCCUGUUCAAGGACAGAUAGCAGUGAAGAAAUUAUGCGAUUCUUAUGGGAAGAAUAGCGCGUACUACGUUCCUUAUGAUCUCAGAAGCGACUGCAUCGUUGAAAUUGGGCUGAAAGAAGCUCUCUGCAAGCUCAGUGUGAUCCACAUUAUUUUUAACGAUCUUGACAAAGAGAGACUGCCAGAGAAGGAUCCAAGCACAACGGCUAGAAUGAUUCGAGCAAGCCUGAGUCUUUUAGGAAGGAAUCACGGUGGCCCUGGUGGAAUUAUAGUAAGCUGUGCCAGCAUCUUUGGCUUCAUGGGGUGGCCUGAGAACCCGUUUCCGGUUUACUGCAACAAGGAACCUGUUAUAGAAGUCACGCAGGACUUGGCGCAAGAACGUAGUGCAAGGGAGACAGGAGUUCGUCUAGUGGCCCUUUGUCCAACGAACAAGAAUUUCCCCAAUUUGGGAUUGUCACUUUACCCAGAACCUACUUCAAAUAAAAGGACAAACGAGACGCCAAUUUGUAUUCCAGAAUCGAAAAGUCACAUAGGAACAGCCUUGAGCUACGUAUUAGCCUGGGCAGAGACCGGAAGUACGUGGCUGGUGGAACCACCAUCCAGUGUCUAUCGAGUUCCUAGACAGAUCCAUUUCCCGAGGAAGUCAGGCGAACAAGUGGAUCCCAGAAUCUACGAGCACGAGCCCUGCUCGGUGAGAUUAGGACCACCAUGCGUGAAAGUUACCAAAAAGUGUAUGCCAACGUGGAGACAAAUGUGUAGAUCGAAGAAGAUGAAAGAGGAUAAAAGCUCCCCAAAGCGAAAAUAA